UGAACUGGACCGUGCCAAAAGCGCGCAGCUGUUGUUUUAUUUCCGUCAACUUCGGUUUUAUCCAUGAUGCUUUUUUUUGAUUUUCCACUUCUUUUGUUUGUUUUUACUUUUCUUUCUUUGACUUUUAUCUUGUGCUUCUGACAACACAACACAUCCCGUGAUCUCUUCUCCUGCGCCCUGACAUGGAUGCGCACCUACUCUGUGUGUAGUUCAGGGACGAAUGACUCGUUCCGUAAAGCCAGUACAGAUUUCCACUAGAAGAGUGUAGGUUAGAGAAAAUGUUCACAAACUCGGAGUUUCCUUCAGUCGACUGGAACCACACAAAGAAAAAACACCGGGGGAAAGUUUUUAAAAGUUUCUAAGUCCUGCUGGUGCCCGUCCACCGGAGAUGAUGAGGGUGUGUAACCGGGGUAUGAUGAUGCUGCUGACCACGGCGGGGGCUUUCUGCGCCUUCAGCCUCAUGACCAUCGCCGUGGGCACGGACUACUGGCUUUACUCCCGCGGGGUAUGCCGCUCCAAGAGCCAGAGUGACAACGACACUGUCCGCAAGAACGAGGAGGUCCUGACCCACUCCGGGCUGUGGAGGACCUGCUGCACCGAGGGGACAUUUCGAGGCGUUUGCAAAGACAUCGACCACUUUGCAGAGGAUGCAGACUAUGAGCAGGACGCUGCAGAGUAUUUACUACGAGCAGUACGAGCCUCCAGCCUCUUCCCCAUCCUCAGUGUGGGGUUGUUAUUCCUGGGAGGUGUGUGUGUAGCUGCCAGUGAGUUCUACAAGUCACGCUAUAAUGUCAUCCUCUGCGCGGGGCUACUUUUUGUCUCUGCAGGUCUCAGCAACAUUAUUGGCAUCAUCGUGUACAUAUCAGCCAACUCAGGUGACCCCAGCCAGAGCGACAACAAGAAGAGCUACGCCUACGGCUGGUCUUUUUAUUUCGGAGCUCUGUCCUUCGUGCUGGCUGAAAUGGUUGGCGUCCUGGCCGUGCACGUGUUCAUAGAAAAGCACCGCCAGCUGCGCACCAAAGGCCGGCCUUCCGUCAUGAAACCGCCCUGCUCCCGCAGCUCGUCUUACUUCCGCAACCGUUACUACCAGAACCGCGGUCGCAGGUACAGCUCGAGGAGCAACCACAGCAUAGGGGAAUCCAACUCGCACUCCUUUCAGACAUCCCUGCGAGACAGAGAGCCGUCUCUUUCGAAUGAGUCUAAGAUCACAAUGGCGGGUUUGCCUACACCUGUGACGGUGGGGUCUGAGUUCAUGCUCUACACUUUAGCCUCGCCGUUAAAGGACGGUAAGAUCGACAUGGAUGUGGACGAUUUAAGUACGGCAGUUGCUCACAACAACACAGAGAUGCUGCCAGGAAAUUGUGCAGCAAACAGAAGGACGACGCCUGUCUGAGAGGAGAGGAACUGAGAGGAACUUCUGCUGCAGGAGAACAUUGACUAAGAAGAAGUCCUCUCACUGUCUUGUUAAAGAAAGCAGGAAAUGUUUUCAGGGCUGGACUGGAGGGGCCUCACUCAA